CAGAGGUCAAAGGUGAACGGAGCAGCAGAAAUCCUCCUAGUUUAGAGCAAAGUGUGGUAUUUUAGUGUUUUCCUGCAGCUGUAAGCUCCACAGCAGAGAUGUGGGAUGUGGAUUAAACAGUGUGGAAGAGCUCAGUCAGCGCUGAAUCCAUCAGAGAGCCACAGAAACUCCUCCGUUUGCUCCAAGAUCUCUGAUGGUCUGCUGCCAGUUGCUGUGAUUCUCCAUCCUUUGGGACGCUGAUGUGCCCUUCGCUUUGACUCCCAGGCAGCCGAUCUCUGAUGGUCUGCUGCCAGUUGCUGUGAUUCUCCAUCCUUUGGGACGCUGAUGUGCCCUUCGCUUUGACUCCCAGGCAGCCGUGAGGGGACCCACAGGUAGGACCAGGAUGAAGGCAUGGACGCCCUCAGGAUCACAGAGGGAGAUACACCUGAAUGAUUCCUCCAUCACUGCCUCCUGAGGUUUUCCAUACAAGGCAGGCAGCUCCAGCAGGGAAACCCGACGUCCACACACCUCUCCCUGGGUUUUAACACACUCUGAUGAGUCUUCAGGUCCACCAAACUUUCUUUGUCCCAGAAUAGCAUUGACUGCUGAAGUCUUCCCAGCUCCUCUUCUACCACACAGGACCAGGUUCAGAGGAGGUCUGAUGGGAUCAGACUUUGGUCUUCUUGUCUCUUCAGUGAAGACAGACUGAAGACGUCUGGAGUUUUCACGACUGUUAAAGCUCGAUCUGGAUCAAAGUUGGCCGGUACCGCUGUCUGUAGACUGAGGUUCUGAUGAGACCCAACUGCAGCAUUUUCAGUCUUUGCUGCUGUUGUCUUUUCCAGAGGAGCUUUCUGGUUCUUCACUGCUGUGUUCUACGUUCCACAUGUUCUCCGUUGUUCUCCAUCAGCAUCUGGACCAGACGUGUGCAGAGCUCCGAGUGCUCCAGGUUCUUCCUCCACAGGAAGCGGUAUCUGCACAGCCGGAUCAUGUGUCUGAGGGGCGGCAGCAGCCGGAGCUUCUCCAUGAAGCCCGUCUUCUCCUUCCUGGGCGUGGAAAUGAGAAGCAGCGAGUGGUCCAAGGCUCGGUGGCCGAAGAGCUUCAGGAUGGUGCAGAGCUUCAGCCGGUGGUCCUCGGUGAAGUCCUCAGGCUGCAGAACCAGCAGGAACACGUGAGGUCCUGGAGCAGAGCGUCUCAUGCAGAGCUCCACGUGUUCCGUUAGCGUGUGCUGGGAGAUGCUGGGCUGCAGCAGGUCUGGAGUGUUGAUCAGGACCACCUCUUUGUCCUUCAGGAGGCCUCUGGACGGCUCCAGGUCCGGUUCUCCAUCGGCGCUGAAGACGGGAACCUGCAGGAUGAAGUUGGCUGCUGCUGUCCUCUCAGACUGGCUGUUCCCCAGAAGAACCACCCUGAUCUCAGACACUGAGGACCGGAGAACGGAGACAACCAGUUUGUGCAGAAACGAAAGUGAAAGUCAGAAAGUAAAGCGACUCCUCCCGGAGCUCAGAGCGACUGUCGGUUCGCUCAGACCGGACCAGCAUGGAGGAGUGUCCGCCGCUGACCGUGGAGGGCGACUGGAGCCCGGACCAGAACCGAACCGCCAAGAACAAACUGAAGCUCUACUUCCAGAGCAGGAAGAAGUCCGGCGGCGGAGAAUGUCGAGUGGAGUCCGAGGACGGAGCCCCGAGGGCGGCCGUGUUCUUCAGCUCGGAGGAGGUCAGAGAACGAGUCCUGAACAGAAGCGACCACCAGAUCGUCCUGGACGGUCAGAACGUCCCGCUACGAGUCCGAUCAGCAGCCAAGUCGACGAACAGCGACGACGUUUCAGGUUCACUGAAGGAAUCAAAGUCAGAAGAUGAAAAUGGAGCUUCAGCCGCCGAUACAGAUGACUGUAGCAGUGCCGCCGUGGUUCUGGAGAACGUUCCUGAUGGGAUGUCCAGAGAUCUGCUGUCCAUGCUGGUGGAGAACGUCUCUGGUGUGGACGAGAACGGCUACAGUCUGGAGAUGAUCCUGGAGUCCAGUAGAGCCGUGGUGACCUUCAGCAGCCCCCAAGAUGCUGACAGGUUCCUCUCUGAGAGUAGAACCUCCACCAAGGUGCAGAAACACCGACUGACGGUUCGACCACUGGAGGCAGCGACGAGAGUCCGACUGGAGAAUCUUCCCCAGACUGCAAUUAAAGAUCUGCUGGAGAUGUUCUUUGAGAAGAACUUUGCUCUGCCGGCCGACAUCCUGAUGAUUCCUGAAGAACGAGCUGCAGUCGUCUCCUUCAGCCACCACAAAGCUGUUCAGAACAUCUGCAUCAAAGAAGACCUAGUGAUUUGUUCCAACUCUGUCAAGGUGUAUCCGUUUUAUCCGUCGUUGGGAACCGCCUUGUAUGGUAAAGACCGACCGGCCUGGAAGAUGCCCGAUUCCUUCACUGAGAGCCUUCACCCCGUGGUCAGGAAGUUCCUCCUGAUGAAGAACCUGCUAAAAAGCAUCAACGAUCAGAUGCGUCCACAUUUCUGCAGCGUGGAUUUGGAUCAAGCCGAAGUGAAGCUCAGCCCCCUGCCGGGCUUCCUGAGGCAGAACGGUCUGACCGCCCAGCAGGUCGAUGGCUGGGAACGUAGCGCCCAGGACGCCUUCCGCCGCCUGAUGGCCCAGUACUCGGCCUUCGAGUGCCAGGCCAACGGGCCAGCCUGGAAGGUUGCAGAGAAAGACGUCCGUUCGAUUCUGAAGGAAGACGGCGUCCCGGUGCUGGACGCUUCCAGGGGGGUCCUGACAGUUGCUGGCCAAGCAGAUGAUAUGAAAAGAAUCAGACCUCCUGUAGAGAACAUUGUUGUUAAAGCCAUGAGCGUCAUUGAACGGCAGACAAAUGGCGUCUCCGAGCUGAUGCCUCUGUCCCCGGCCAUGUUCUACAUCCUGAAGCAGGACGGGCUGCUGAGAGCCACCCAGGACAUCUCCCCGGACAUGAACCUCUCCUACAAUGAAGCCACCCAGCAGCUCACCAUCACUGGACUCCCUGCUGAGGUCUAUAAGACCAAGGCCUGGAUCCUGGAGAGGAACAUGAACAUGUCCAAAAAACAGCUGAGCAUCCCUCCUUGUCUUCUGGACUUCCUCAGGACAGUAGAUCCUACAGACAUGUCCCAGGACCUGUUCACCUCCCAGGGCAUCAGCGCCAUCUACAGCAUCGAGAUCAAAGGGGUUUUCCUGCUGGGAAGUUCUGACAAAGUCCUGGCUGAUGCAGACACUAAGAUGAAGGAGGUUCUGGCGCUGCAGACUCUGGAUGUGGAGGACCAGGAGGUGAUGAGGCUUCCCGGCUGGAUGGACCUGAAGCAGCAGCUGCUGGACACCUACAACUCCACAAAGAAGAAAACUGUGGACAUUCAGACCAAGUCAGACAAAGUAACAGUGGCCGGCUUUAGAAAUCCCGUCAGAGAAGUAAGCAGCAGUUUGAAGGAGUUCAUCACAAACUUCUCAAGAGUUCAAGAAACCGUUCGCGUUGAUUCCUGUGCUGUUGUUCAAUUCAUCGACAAGAAGAAAACACAGGACUGGUCCAGUAUCUCCAAAGACAAUAACGUAUCCAUUCAGUUUGAUCCGGAGAGGCCGAGAAUUGUCCUCGCUGGGGCUCGUCUUCACGUCCAGAAAGCCAGAUCUUGCUUUCAGCAGCUAACUAGUGCUCUCGCCACUGACAUCUUAACCGUGGACAAGCCUGGAGCUAAGAAGUAUUUUCAGACUUUAGGACGCCUCUUCCUGUCCAGCAUCAUGACGGAGUUCAACUGUGUGGUGGUGCUUCGCCCAGAGGGCCAGGACGAAGACGAGGAAGAAAUCUACGAAGGAGGAAGCAGCCUUUGUUACUGCAAAGUGAAGACCACCAGUGGAGUUCUGGUUUCUGUCAGGAGAGCAGACAUCUGUAGCUUCGACGCCGACGCUGUGGUCAACGCAGCCAAUGAGGACUUGCAGCACAUUGGCGGUUUGGCUUUGGCUCUGCUGAAAGCUGCAGGACCAGAGCUGCAGAAAACAAGCAGCGACUACGUGACUAAAAACGGGCCUCUGCGUCCGGGUGAUGCCAUGGUAACAGAUGCGUACAACCUGCCCUGUAAGUACGUCGUGCACGCUGUCGGUCCGCGGUUCUCCAACUAUGACAAGAAGACUUCGGUGUCGCGACUGAAGACCGCCGUCAAAGAAAGUCUGAGACAAGCGGAGACGGUGAGCUGCUCCUCCGUCGCCCUGCCGGCCAUCAGCUCGGGGGUGUUUGGAUUUCCUGUGCAGCUCUGUGCCGAGACCAUCGCCCAGGCGGUGCGAGAAUACUGCGACGGUCCACAAGGUCAGCGGUCCCUAACCGAGGUUCACCUGGUGGACAACAACGAUGGCACCGUCAGGGACAUGGCCGCCGCCGUCAACGCAGAGUUCAGCGACCUCCAACCGACCAUGACCGUCCCACCGCCGACCAGCAGAGGCACCGGGGCUUCUGGUGGUUCUCAGCGUGGUGGAGGCCGAGGUAGAGGACGAGGAAGAGGAGGAAGAGGAGGAGGAGGAGGAGGAGGAGGAGGUAGAGGAGCUGGACUUCAGGCUAACAGAGGAGGACUAGGUCGGCCUGGAGAACGAAGGGCGGAGCAGAUCACUGCUGAGGGGCUGAAGAUGGUUCUCUGUCUGGGGAACAUCGAGGAACAGAAGACCGACGCCAUCGUCAACACCAUCUCAGAGAACAUGGACCUCCACCAGGGCGCCGUUUCCAGGGCGAUCCUGGAGGCGGCCGGGCGGCGGCUGCAGGCGGCGGUUCGCUCUGCGGUCACCACGGCGACGCUGCGCUACGGCUACGUCAUCAUCACUGACGGUUUCGAUCUCUUAUGUCAGAAAGUGUUUCACGCUGUUUGUCCUCCCUGGGACGGUGGAAACGGACGGGCCGAGGAGAACCUGGUGUCCAUCGUCCGGUUCUGUCUGGUCGAGGCAGAGAAGCUCCGGUUUUCCUCGCUGUCCUUCCCGGCCAUCGGAACCGGAAACCUGAGCUUCCCCAGAGACCUGGUCUCCAGAGUCCUGCUGAGGGAGGUCCACUGGUUCAGCCGGACCAGAACCCCCCAACACCUGAGGGAGGUUCACGUGGUGGUUCACCCCAGCGACAGCCAGACUGUGGAGUCUUUCAGCAGAGAGUUUAAAGCUCCGAACAAGGAAGUCACCAACGUCAACGCAUCACCGAUUGGUCAACCAGUCGGCCAAUCACAGCCCUCGGCAGCCUCCUUCAGCCUGGUGUCGUCUCCGUCCCUCGGUGUGUAUCGGAUGCAGAUGGGUCAGGUGACCCUGGAGGUGUCAUCUGGUGACAUCACCAAGGAGGCCAGUGAUGUCAUCGUCAACUCCUCCAAUCAGGACUUCACCCUGAAGUCAGGAGUUUCCAAGGCGAUCUUAGACGCUGCCGGACCAGUCGUGGAGCUGGAAUGUAGUCAGAUGGUGAACUCUCCGGGUUUCCAGUCUCGUCCUUUGAUCCUGACGUCGGCCGGCCGGCUGCCCUGCCGGGGUAUCAUCCAUAUUGUCGGCCAGAACGACCCGGGGAAGAUUAAAGAAAUGGUCUACUCAGUGCUGAAGACCUGCGAGGUCAACAAGUUCAGCUCCGUCUGCUUCCCGGCGCUCGGAACAGGUCAGGGCGGCGUCCCCCCGUCGGCUGUGGCCGACGCCAUGAUCGACGCUGUGGUGGAGUUUGUGAGGAAGAAGCAGCCAAAGUUCGUCCACAGCGUGAAGAUCCUGAUCUUCCAGACGGUCAUGAUUGCUGAGUUCCACCGCAGCAUGAAGAGGAGGCAGGGCGAGGAGGUGGAGGAGAAGAGUGUCCUCGCCAAGAUCAAAGACAGUUUCACGUCUCUGUUCUCUGGAUUCAUGGACGAGCAGCCCAGCAUCGAGGACCUGGUCCUGGAGAGGGAAGAGUUCGAGCCCACAGUGUUCCAGCUGUGUGCCGACAACCACACGGACGUGAGUCUGGCCAAGAAACGCAUCACGGAGCUGAUUGUGGCCGAGCAGGCAGAGAGGAAAAUCACUGAUCCGUACAUCAGCCAGCUGUCUCCGGCCAACGUGGAGGAGCUGAAGGCCCUGCAGAAACAGCUGACGGUCAGCAUCUGGCUGGACCAGGAGCCCAGCAUCCACCUGGAGGGUCUGACCAGGGACGUGUACACCGCUGAGUCCGCUGUCAGAGACCUCAUCCGGAGGGUGGAGAGGGCAGAGAACCUGAAGAGCAAAGCUCUGCAGGUUAGCAAAGCGGUGGAGUGGAAGUUCCAGGACCAUCAGGGAGUCAUGGUGGCCUUCGACAUGCUCACCAACCUCAAGCUGGAGGAGGCUCUGGAGAAGAGGCAGAAUGUGAAGGUCCAGAUCGGCAACCGGACUUUCACUGCUUACCCAGCGAAGAAAGAAGCAACCGAUGGCAUCCAGGUGGUGGAGCUCCAAAGGAGUGAGAUGAAAAAUGAAGCCGCUCUGCCGUCGCAUUGGGACGACAUGAAGGGCGACUUGGUGAAGCUGUUCGAUGUGCCUACAGGAUCACAAGAAUACAAGGACGUGAAGAAGGAGAUGAAUAAGACCGGCCUCACUGCAAACAUCAUCAGUGUCCAGCGGGUCCAGAACACAACGCUGUUCCAGAACUACCAGCUGAUGAAGAAACAGCUGGAGGUGAAGAACAAACACAAGAACAACGAGCGGCUGCUGUUUCACGGAACCGGAUCCAACGCCAUCGACCUGAUCAACAAGCAGGGCUUCAACCGCAGCUACGCAGGAGCUCACGGUGUAAUGUACGGUAACGGAUCGUACUUUGCGGUGGAUCCCUGCUAUUCGGCUCAGGGCUAUGCCAAACCUGACAUCAAAGGCCACAAGCGCAUGUACCAGGCCCGGGUUCUGGUCGGAGACUUCACACAAGGCCACCGUGGCCUCAUCACUCCCCCGGCCAAAGGUUCUGGAAACACCUCCGACCUGUUUGAUAGCGUUGCCGACAACAAUACCAACCCAACCAUGUUCGUGAUCUUCAACGACAUCCAGGCAUACCCAGAAUACCUCAUCACCUUCACCUGAAUCUGCUCUAUACUCCAUCACCUUCACCUGAAUCUGCUCUAUACUCCAUCACCUUCACCUGAAUCUGUUUUAUAUUCCAUCACCUUCACCUGUUUUAGCUUCAUGUCAGACUGCUCGCUCAGGUUUACUGCAUAUCUAAAAGUUCUGUUGGAAGUUCUGAAGUUUGUAUUGCUAUUAAACUGACACAGACAAUAUUAUUGUGGAGUAAUUCAAAGCACAACGCAAAAUAAAAGUCCAAAGCCUUUAUUUUAAAGAUUCACAAAAUAAGAUCAUUUACCAGAAACUGUAAAAACAUUUCGACUGUUGGACCAUACUUCUACCAAUCAUACUUCCUGUAUCAUCAGGAAAAAACAAAUCUGAGCCUGAAAUCCGGAUUUUUAAAGAGUCCCUUUAUUCUACCUGCCAUGUUCAAAACCUCUCCAACCAAAAAUCAUCGGAGCCUCAGUAGAAAUCUCAGACAAAUGAAACGUCUUCAAGAACUUAUCGAAGUCCAGUUCCUUGAAGUUCUUGAAGACUGAGAGUUGAAACGUCUUCCAGAGAAGUCCAGUUGAUUUCUACUGAAGCUCCUGCAGUUGCCAUGACCUCGAUGAUUGAGAAUCUACACAAACGUCUUUCCAACCAAGAGUCCAGACUGUCAUCUAUCAGCUACAAACCCUCACACAUGACUCACAUAUUUUAUGAAAAUUAACCAAAUCUAAUCACCAAUAAUCACUUUAUUCUACUUUAUUCUAAAUAAACCUUUUGCACUCAUGAGAUUCUGUUAUUUCAUCUCGAGGAAGGAUUUGAGUACUUUUGGAUGUUUUGAAUCAUUUUGGACACAUUUGUUGAAAUAUUGACAAGUUUUGAGUUAUUUUUGUGAAAUUUUGUCAUUGUAGAGUUUUUAAUUGUUCUGAUUGGAAAAAACACAAAUUUACACACAUUUGAAUAGUUUUUGAGUGAUUCUGAACAUUUUCAUGUAUUACUGGACAACUUCAAGAUCCAGAGUAGCAGAGUAAUGCUGUACAACUUUGGUGUAAUUUUGGAAGUUUUUGGGGGCAUUUUGGAAAAUGUAAGUAAUUUGGAACAAUAUUGUAAUUUGUCCAACACUUUUAAAUGUACUUAAAGGAGCUGAAAAUAUUCACAGGAUGAAGGUAGAACUCUGAUCAUUAAUAAAGUUACUGGAGAUGAAGAAGCA